CCGGGUAGUCGGCCCGCCGAGGUUCGUGCCCCGCGGGGGAACCAGAUGAAGCACAUCUGGACAGCUGCGCCGAGGAACUGUGUGGCCCCUUCGCGGGCCCGACGUCAGCUGGGCACGUCUCCCACGUUCUCUCCUGCUAGCCACUUAUUAUUCAUAUUCCCAAAGAAGCAACCGAGGAUCCAAGCUUAAAACUUCCCCCCCUCCCCGCUAAUUGAGACGGGGCCAGAUCCCAUCCAGCACACAGUUUAAUUUUCAUGGGGCUCUGGGAUCAAAAGAACAGAAACAGCAACAACAAAAGCCCAGCCGCUGUCUGAUUUAAAACUGGCAAAGUGAGAAAAAUAGUGUUGAGUAAACAGACCAAGUUGGCUGGAAUCAUUAUAAGUUCUUGGAAGAAGAGAACUGAGUGGGACUUGACAUUGAAGAAAGUGUGAAGACAUGGGGAAUUUCAAAGGUCAUGCCCUCCCCGGAACCUUCUUCAUUAUCAUGGGUAUCUGGUGGACCACCAGGUGCGUUCUGAAAUAUGCCUGCAAAAAGCACAAGCGGACUUCCUACAUUGGCUCCAAAGCAUUAUUCCAUCGAAUAGAAAUUUUUGAGGGAAUCGUGUUAGUCAGCAUGGCUAUCACUGGCAUGCUUGGGGAGCAAUUUAUCACUGGAGGGCCCCAUUUGGCCUUAUAUGACUAUAAAGAGGGCCAGUGGGUCGACCUCCUGAACUGGCACCAUUUCACCAUGUAUUUCUUCUUUGGGCUGCUGGGUGUGACAAACAUCUUAUGCUUUCUCAUCAGUUCGCUUCCUGCCUCCUUAACCAAGUUAAUGUUGUCAAAUGCCUUAUUUGUGGAGGCUUUUAUCAUGUAUAAUCACACUCAUGGCCGGGAAAUGCUGGACAUCUUUGUGCACCAGCUGUUGGUCUUGGCCAUCUUUGUGACAGGCCUGAUUGCCUUCUUGGAGCUCUUCAUACGGACCAGUAUCACUGUGGAACUUACUCGGACAAGCUUUAUCCUGCUUCAGGGGAGCUGGUUUUGGCAGAUUGGUUUUGUCCUUUAUCCCCCCAGUGGAGGUCCUGCAUGGGAUGCAAUGGAUCAUGACAACAUUAUGUUUCUUACCAUAUGCUUUUGUUGGCAUUAUGCAUUAAGCAUUAUCAUCGUUGGAAUGAUUUAUGCCUUUGUCACUUGGUUGGUUAAAUCUCGACUUCAGAGGUUCUGCCCUUCAGAAGUUGGACUCCUGAAAAAUGUUGAACGAGAACAAGAAUCAGAAGAAGAGAUGUGAUUUUGAUAGGCAUUUAGUCUUUCUGGAUGAACUUCUCUUUUUUGGAUUAUUUUUGUUCAUGGUUUUGUUUUUUGACCUUUUGCUUGGAGAACAGGCGGCUGAGGAUGAUUCUUGGUAUAUUGUUUGUAUUUCCAAUUUGGUUAAAGUAUUUGAAUUCAAAUAUUUUAUUUUUAGGUUUGUAAGUACUUUGGGUGAUAAAUGCAUUUUGCACAUCAGUCAUGGUAUUUGGGGCCUGGAGCAACUAUUCCCAGAUCAUUUAAAGUUAACAUCCACGCUAAGAAAAAUGUUUUAUUUGCCUUAUACAUAUGCUCAAGGUGUCUGGGCUUACUACCAUUUGUAACUCAUUAAACAUCGAAUUACACUUGUUUAUCUUGUUGCUGCAAUGAGAAAUAAAUGAAUGCAAAAACCUUGGUACAGA